AUUUUUACCAGUGGAGUGCGUUCAGUGCUGGAUAUUAUCGAAAAAAAAUCAUUAUUAAGGAAUCAAGUUUUAGCGAGAGAUAGAAAAAAAUUAAAGUUUAACUUAAUUAUAUUACACAGCAUAUUAUUUAAGCAUUUUUAAAUAUGUCAUCAUCAUCGGAAAAUUUCGGCAAUCCUCUAAGAAAAUUUAAGCUAGUAUUUUUAGGAGAACAAAGUGGUAUGUAAAAUUUGUAAAAUGUUACUUAUAGUGCAACUUACGCAGCAUAAAAUUUAUGCAACAUAGGAGGUUUUCAAUAGAAAAGUCAAACUGUAUAUUGCUGAUUAAUUAUUAAGUGAAAAAAAUAGUAAUAAAAAGGAAUUUAUUGAAGUGAUGACGAAAACAGUCUAGAAGCAAAAUGGAGUGUGUGAAAGAAAAAUUUAAGUCCAUUCUUUGUUGUGAUUGGGUAAAACAAGCUUAAUUACACGGUUUAUGUAUGAUAGCUUCGAUAACACUUAUCAGGCAACGAUAGGUAUAGAUUUUCUUUCGAAAACAAUGUAUUUAGAGGAUAGAACUGUUAGACUGCAACUAUGGGAUACUGCUGGUCAAGAGAGAUUUAGGAGUCUCAUUCCUUCUUAUAUUCGAGAUUCGACUGUUGCAGUCGUUGUUUAUGAUAUAACUAAUGCGAAUUCUUUCCAUCAGACGUCUAAAUGGAUUGAUGAUGUAAGAACAGAGCGUGGAAGUGAUGUUAUUAUUAUGCUCGUUGGAAACAAAACCGAUUUAUCUGAUAAAAGACAAGUUUCAACGGAAGAGGGAGAGAGGAAAGCUAAGGAACUUAACGUGAUGUUUAUAGAAACGAGUGCUAAAGCAGGAUAUAAUGUUAAACAACUUUUUAGACGUGUAGCAGCCGCUUUGCCAGGAAUGGACUCGUCAGAAAAUAAGCCACCAGAAGACACCGUAGACUUACAAACUCAGCAAACCUCAACGAAUGAUCAAAAUCAAGAUUCAGAAGGAGGAUGCAUGUGUUAAGAAAAAAGUCUUACUAAUUAUAAUAUAAUAUUCCAAAGUGGAUCAAAAGCUUUCAUGAUGGCUUUUACUAAAUUUUAGUUCAUUCGAAAAGGAUCAUGACAUGAAAUAAAGGAGGAAUAUUAUCAUUCUGAAAAUGUAAUGGCAAUUCAAGCGAUAAAUAACUAGUGAUGACAUAGACAAGAAUCACUAAUUUCAUCUUGUUACCCCAGCAUUUGCUUUCUUCAAUGUUUGUUCAUUCCAAUACAAACUGAAUACAUCUUUAUUAUAUAUAUUAUAGAAUAUUAACGAAAUUGUUUUUUUUUUACUGAAAAUGGGUGAAAAGUCGAGGACAUUGAGAAGAGUUUAGUGUUUUAAAUUUUAUUCAUAUUCAAAUGAAUGGAUGAAUGACCAAAAUAUGCUGUAUUCAUAUAAAUGGUAUAAUUUUCCUAAGUAUUCAACUAUUAAAAAUAACAUUUUUCGUACGCUUCUUGUUUUCUCAACAAUAAUAAUUAAUAAUUGUAUGAUGAGUAGUUUAAUCAUAAAAAAAACCUAUAACAAAUUUGGAUAUGAGAAAACUGAAGGCAUGAAUUUAACGCAAUCAUAGUGAAGGAUGUUUAUUUGAUUAAGAUUUUAUUUAUUUUCUAACAUUAAAUUUGUCAAUUUAAUAUAAAAUAUGAAACAUGCGCCGAUUUUAUACUUUUUGUAUCAUAAAACAACUACAUUUUUGCAAGUAAUAAAAUGCUUUCUUCUGCCAU